AUGUGCUACAAGGAGACCCCCUACCACAAGUGCGGCCAUUACGGCAAGGCCCGCUUCGUCGGCGGUGAGCCAUGCAUUCGCGCCACCAGCCAGUCUGGCCUCAGCCAAGGCUGUUGGGAUGUUGUUGACUAUGGCAUCACCUCUGUCAACACACUCUGCAGCCAGUGCAAGGCCUCCUUCUGCUGUGUCUCUUCUUCGACGUGCUCUCCGCAUUCUCUGUCCUCGGCCUCUUCUUGUUCUUCGUCAUCCUCCUCUAGCAGCUCUGCUGCAAGCACCCGUGCCAGCAGCAUCACCACGGACUUCAGAGGUAGGAGCAUGAGCAACAUGACUGACUUCAUCUCAGCGGCAUCUUCUAGGUCCACAUCCAGGGCGUCGUCUGCGAACAGCAGCCCGUCGCGCCCUCCGCCGAGCAUGUAUGGUACUCUACCGAAGACAAAGACAGGUGGUACUCUCAAGUCUGUUGCGGAGCUUUAG